AUGACACCGUCCCUGACACCGGACGCCUUGGAGCAUGUUGCUUCGUUCCUCGAGACGGCCGAGUCCAUGGACGCCUUCCUCAUUGCGAUGCCAGAGACUUAUCUCUCGACGGCUCUUCUGGAUCUGCGUCACCUCGCGACGGCCGUCGAGUGGCGAUGCUUUUGGCCCCGCCUUCGUCUGCCCAAGGAGACGUACAAGGACUCGCAAUUGCUCUGCCUUGUGCUCUCCGCGCUGCGGCUCUAUCCGCAGGCUGGCAUCUCGGUGCACGGCAACCAGGAAUCCAACGGACUCCUGCCCAAGCUCGCGUGGCUGGGUCUCCACGACAUGACGCUCUUUCAACGCUGCAUGACGCACGCUGUCGACGCGCUCACGGCGCUUGAGAUCCGCAUCGAUAGCACGUGGACACCAGCCAUGUUCUCGCGCCUGCAAGAUGCCAUGCGCGGCCUCCGUCGGCUGCGCCAUCUCGACGUCGUCUGCCCGCACUCACCGCAGAGCGUCGAUCUCAUCGCAGCACUGUCGAUAUCGCGCGCGACCAGCGUCGUGGUGACGUGCGUUGCAGCGGCAAAGUGGCCAACGCCGCUCGCGAAUGGUUUUCUCGAGACGCUCACCCGCUGGUUGCAGGCGUCGCCACUGCGCCACGUGCAUUUAGUUUCAUUGACGCUCGAGCGUGCCGAUGCCGCGACCUUUGCCGCCUUUUAUGACGUCCUCUUGCAGUCACCGACGAUCACCGCGCUGACGUUGCAGACGUGCGACGUUGCCACGUACUGCCCGCCUCGACUGCACACAUCACUGCCGCCGAAACUCACGUCGCUCAGCGCCCACAGCGACUCGGUUGUCCUCGCUGGCGCGCCGCGUUUGCAGCACCUGACGAGCCUCCGGGUGUUGCAGCCCUGGGCUUGUCCAUUUGCCGCGCUGCCGAUGGCCGUGACGAUAAUCGCGUCACUGCGCCGUCUCAACGCGCUCACGCUGAAGAACAUUGCUCUCGAUGCGAACGACAUCGCGGCACUGGCACCCGUCUUACGGCGUCUUGAGCGCCUCGUGCUUGAUGGUAACAUGGUCACAACCCACGGUGUUGCGACACUGGCAACAGCGCUUGAAGCCUCCCAUUGCUUGCAUCUGCUUCGCCUUACCAACCAGACUUUCAACAGCGCCAACGUCACCGAACCGAGCUUCAAGCAGCUCAUGGUAGCUUUGCCAGCGUCGCUUCGAGUGCUGGACCUUCGUCGCAAUACUCUACAAGACCACCACGCCAUUGCUCUCGCCACCGUGUUGCCAUCGUGGUGGACCCUCACGGUGCUCGAUGUCUCGCUUAACGGCAUUGGAAGUGCCGGCGUCGAUGCGAUUGCUCGCGCGCUACCACACCUCAGCUCGCUUCGGCGUCUGAAUGUGAGCCGCAACGCAUACGGCACGCUCACAGAUGCUGCCGUGAAGCGUGCGCGACUGCCGACACUGAGCCUGCAGGACCGUGCUGACCUUAAAAACCUCCAAACGCGAAUUCCGAGGUCAAUGUAG